AGAUCCCCAACCGUCAUUCCCCAUAGCUACUUCUCAUUACAGUAAUUACGAUCUUUUUCAGUUCCCACUCCUCUCUCUAAUCGUCUGAAAUAUCUCCGACGCAACGGAAAUGGCCUCCGAAACAGAGUCCCCUGUUUCUCACCCCUCAAGAAUUUCAGGAAACAUGGAUUUCUCUGAUUUCCCACCCUUCAUCCUGGGCUUCACAAACGCCGAGUUAGGUGAUCGGCUCAUCCUCCUAAGCCCAUUGACAGGAGGCGUGUUCGUAGUAGAAGCUGGCACUGGCAGUGAUAGAUCGUCUUCCUCGAGCUUGGAUUCUCUACUGGCGGGCAUACUUGGUAAAGAUGGUCUGCCGCCGGCUUCGAAGGCUUCCAUUGAGGCCCUGCGGAGCGUGGAGAUUGGUGAAGAAGAAGAAGAAGAAGGUGAGUGUGCGAUUUGCUUGGAGGAGUGGGGGGUUGGUGAGACGGUGAAGGAGAUGCCGUGCCGGCAUAGAUUUCACAAGGAGUGUAUAGAGAAGUGGUUAGGGAUUCAUGGGUCUUGCCCUGUUUGUAGACAUAAAAUGCCUGAAGAAGAUAAGGUGAAGCAGAAGAGUGAGAGUAGUAGGUGGAAAGGCACGGGAUUGCAUGCGACGUUGUUGCAGCUGCCAAAUGCCAAUUCAAUUUAA